GAGCCUGUGGUUUCCUACUCUGAACGCUGUUCGAGCCAUGUCGACUUCAGGAGGUCCCACUCCACCCUUCACCACCCUGUCGGUCACCUACUCAGCCAAUCACAUCACUCCUGUAGAGCUGCACCGACCAGAGAAACACAACGCCAUGAACAAGGCCUACUGGAGUGAAAUGAUCGAAUGCUUUAAUCAGAUUGCUGAAGACUCAGAGUGCCGUGUGGUCUCGGGUGCAGGGAAAAUCUUCACUGCAGUUUAUAUUGGAUACAGGCAGAGGAAGCUCAGCGAAAGCUUAAGAGACAGAAUGGAGAGGACCAGGUAAGCUAUUUCUUCAGUGAUUGUAGUCAUAUCUGAAAAUGAUUGGUCAGUUGAAUGCAGAUUGCUGAAGUGUGAGUGUCUGUGUGUGUCGUAGCCCUGCCUCCAUUCUGCCCACUGUUUGCCAGCUUGGGAAACAUUCUGCAGUGUGACGUGCUGCUUGGCAUGCUGGGAGCUGUGCUGCAGUGGGCUAUGGAGCCCAGUGGAGGACACUGGUCUGAGUCCAUGCUGCAGAGGAUGGUGGUUAGCAUUAAAACGAUGCGUGAGUGCACAGCUGCUGCACCUCCCUGUGAAGGAACAGGGCACUGUCACAAGGAGGUCAGAGUUUGAGCAACUUUCUAUUCCGCGCACAUAUUAACCAUUACCCUUUAAAGUGUUGAAGAGCUUAAAUCUACGUGUGUGUGUGUGUGUGUGUGUGUGUGUGUGUGUGUGUGUGUGUGUGUGUGUGUGUGUGUGUGUGUGUGUGUGUGUGUGUGUGUGUGUGUGUGUGUGUGUGUGUGUGUGUGUGUGUGUGUGUGUGUGUGUGUGUGUGUGUGUGUGUGUGUGUGUGUGUGUGUGUGUGUGU